AUGCACUUCCUGACGCUCAUCAUGUUGAAGAAUUCACUCCUGUGUUGCGUUUCUCUCCUCGCCAUCACACCUCAAGUGUGUGACGCCAGAGUGGUUGAGAGAGAGAAGCGCGCCUCGGCGGCUCUGGCUUGGAAGGCAUUAGGUGGUUCAAUCGUAGGUCACCCUGGUGUUGUGUCAUGGGCACCUGAUCGGACAGAUGUCUUCGUCAGAGGAAGUGACAACGCCGUAUACCACAAAGCGCAAACUGGCCCUCCCGGCACAGCAUGGUGGCCCAGUGACGCAGGCUACCAGGCCCUUGGUGGUUCCAUCAUUAGCGACGUGACGGUCGUAUCUCGCGGUUAUAACAUGCUUGACGCCUUUGUUAUUGGCGCCGAUAACGCUUGCUACCACGGGUGGUGGAAUGGAAGCUACUGGAGCUCAUGGGGAACUUUGGGUGGUGCCUUUGGCGGCGAUAUAAGUGCCGUGGCAUGGGGAAAUGGCAGAUUGGACUUGUUCGGCCGUGGUUUGGAUAACGCACUCUGGCACAGGGCCUGGGACGGGUCCGGAUGGAGUGGAUGGGAGAGCCUCGGGGGCGUGAUUGUGGGCAGUCCAAGGGCUGUUUCCUGGGGCGUGAACCGACUUGAUGUGCUUGCGAGAGGCACGAACAAUCAGGUAUAUCAUAUAGCCUGGAACGGAUCGUUGUGGUCAGCCUGGUACAACCAUGGUGCGGUGGUGCUGGAAGAUAUCACGGUUGUUUCCAAGGCUCCAGACAGACUAGACCUGUUUGCUCGGGGAGCAGAUAAUGCGCUGUACCAGAAGAACUGGAAUGGGGCAGCUUGGAGUGACUGGAUCAACCUCGGCGGAGUCGUGAUGUCCCGACCAUCGGCAACAACUUGGGGGGGCAGGUAUAUCACGGUUGCUGCACAAGGCACCAACAACGCUGUGUACCUGAAGCAGUUUAACGGAAACUCAUGGGGUGACUGGCGAUCUAUCGGUGGUGCGGUGGCGGAAGCACCAGUCAUCAACCCCCUUGGUUCCUUUGACGCGCCGGUCUUUGCUAGAGGGACCAACGCUGGCUUAUCUGUAUACGAGUAG